ACGGAAAUGUCACAAUUAAAUUGACAAAUUGUUGGAUUUGUCACAUUUAAGCUAACGUUAAAUAGCAACGCUAAAGUCCAAGUACUUCCGGCCAUGUUUGUUUUUGAUUUCAUAAUUAACGCACGGUUAUUAUUUUGGUUUUCUUUUUUUCAUUUCCAAAUGCCAAAUACCUAAUCUUGAGAUGUAUGAAAUACACUAGUGAAGCUAAUAAGCGUAAUAACACCCCAUGUGUACGUCACAAAAUAAAUUGAGCAUUUAUCGUUGUCGUAUCUGGAUGUUUCUAUUGAUUAAAAUAUCCAGAUAUUUGUUAAUAUUCAUGCUUUAAUUAAUUCAAGUUAAAGUUGCCCUCUUUGCCGCAUACAAUGAAACAAGGGGCAUUUUGUGAGCGUAUCUCCCUCUUAAUCAAUUUAAUCCGGAAGGUUAUUUGAUUUUCGCCGGAAGUGAUGUCACGUACAUCGAUGUUUCGUUGGUGGAGCGGAAGCGGCACAAACCAGAGCAGAGUACUCGCGCGAAAAAAUGGCGGAGGUUUGCCGUCUCUCGACUUUCUCAACAUCAACAAUGGACAAUAUUGCAUUAUAAGCCUCAUCCGAUGUCUAUCUGUGUGCGUGUGCCACAGCGGUGUCUUCUCAUUUCUCUGUGGAACACACCAUGCAGAAAGAUCCACUGAAUGCUCCCACCUCUGGCUACAGUAAACAGAAUCAGGUUUUCACUCAAGAAUCCCCGCUCAGGUGUUUUCCGUGCAGCCGUUGUGUACUCCGCUUCAAAUCCAGGGUCUACCUUUUUGAACACCUCAACAAGGUGCACGGCUGCGACGUUGAGGCUGCUCUCGGAGAGGCUCGUCUGAAAUACGCCGCGACCGACGAAGCCAAGGUGAACAGCAAUAGCAACGACGCAGAAGAUGAUAUAGGAUGCCAGCAUUGUCAUUUCCAAGCACGUAGUCGGGACAUUGUUAACCAACACGAGAUACAAUGUCAUAAAAAAGCAGAAGGUAUUUUGGGAAAUCCGACAGUUUCUGAAAACCCGGAGGCCAGCGCAAUUUACAUGUCUGCAGAAGCAAAAGAGAUUUGCUCCGGUGUGUCUGUGAUGUCGACCUCAAAAUCUAAAAAUGCUCUGAACUCGUCAAAGGUUCUUAAAACGUACAAGCGGCCAUUGCAAACCAUUACCAAGUACUUUACGGUAACAUCUGGACCAAACAGCAAACCUCCAGUGGACUCGGCCGAAAGCUCAAAUCUUCCAGACAGCUGCAAAGGAACCAUCGUUUUGAAAGAAUCUCCCUCCAGCUCGAGCCAAAACAGUAGUGGCGUGCUUAAGGUCACUGCAAAGUCCAUGAUUGACAUCACUCGGUUUUCUCAAGGUCAUAUGCUAAACAAUCACACUAAUUUGGAAAUGAGUUCACCGAAUCCCAGGGAACAAUUCACUGAAUCACUCGCUGACAACGUUACGAAGAGGACCUACAAGGAAACCUCAAACACUCCUUCUGCUAAAAAAGCAAAGUCAGACAAAGGAGAGACAAACCUCCAACAGGCAGGUCACGAAAACCAACCGCAAUUGUCGUCAAGCAACGCAAAUUUUUCAUUUGACAUAAGCGAAGAUGAGGGAGAAAAGAAGCUCGGUCUCGUCAAUGGGGACUCUGAAAGCUCAACGGUUUAUUCUUGCAAGCACUGCAACUACAACGAGGCGAGCGUGGCGCGCGUAUCCACGCAUUACCAGACCGCUCACCCGUACGUGAGAUUCAACGCCGCCUACAUCCAGGAUCCAACGGACGAGAGCGCCGUCUUUCGUUGCCUGCUGUGUCCAAGUGAGUUUAUAAGCGUGGCGUCCCUCAAGAACCACUGCAGGAAACAUCACCCAGAGGCCCCGGACGUAUUCGCCGUGCAAUCGACUAACCUCAGUUUGACCUUUAAGUGUUUUUUGUGUGUGUUUACUGCCGACGUAUUGAACGCAUUGAAGAAACAUUACAAGGAAAGUCACCCGACGCAUGAAGUGGAUAAUUCGUUGCUGUUCUGCAAAUAUUUAGCAACUGAACGCCAAGCGGGAUCAACUCGGUCAAAUACUUGUGAAAGAGCACAGAGCCCAGAAGGACCCGGAGGGAUUUUUCCCGAAAGUUCCAGUACGGGAGCCGAAAAUGCACCUUCAGCCCAACAUCCCACCUCCAAAGAAGCAGACGUGGUCUUGUACCAGUGCGACUCCUGCCAGUUUAGUCAUAAGUCAGCUGUUGUUAUGCAUGUCCACUACCAAAAAAGCCACCCGAGUCGAGUGUUCACAAUAGACCAAAUCAAACGCUCGGCUUGUGAUGCCUCACGCGCGUCACCAUCGGUGACGCCAGAGAAGUUUCCGAACCCUGUGGCGGUAACGGAAGAAUCGCAACCGCCGACAAGCACGGCAGAUCCUUCUGAGAAAACCCCAAACAAAGCCGAGCCAUCGCAGCGCGAGCGCCGGUCCGAGGCUUCGAAGGCUCAGGCGGAGUCGUCCAAAGCCGAGCGAGCGGAAUCUACCGGCGACCGCAGCGAGCGGCCCAGAAAACUCCGUCGGGGAUCGUUUACCAGAAUGGGCGGUUUGUCCCGUGUGGCACCAGGUGGACUGCUCUACUGCCUGCAUUGCAGUUAUUCAAGCACCAGGGUCAAGAGCGUCCUCGGCCAUCAAAAUGCAAAACAUUCUCUGGAUUCCCUAACGUCUGUGGAGGAAAUCUUGUGUUACAGCGCUCAAGUGCAGAAACUCCAAAGCAAAGCCAAGGCUGCAGCAGGCACCGCGUCUUCUGAUUCUAAACAAGUUGAGGCAGCCGGUGUAGAAGUUCCUCGUAAAGAGGCCGUUGCAGCAUCCGCCAAGGUGAAGAAAGGGAACCCUUACGCGUGUCCGGAAAAACUGUUUUAUUGUCAAAAGUGCAACUACGGAAAUCCAACGUUGAAAGGCGUCUUGAUCCAUCAAACCAGAGUUCACAAGGGCCUCCCUUACAAGAUGGAAUGGGUGGUUGACCAUACGGCCGCCAUUCACAGUCAAAUCCAAAAGGCCAAAUCGGAAGCGCGCGAGCCCUCCACUCCUGCGCGGCUCCCCCUCCCUCUCGUGGGCGAGGGGGACGAAGACGCCUUCUUCUGCCACUUGUGCAACUACAGACAGUACAAGGUGAACACCGUGUUGCGGCAUUACAUGAAAAAGCAUCCCGGGUUCGUGGUUAAGCGGCAGCAGGUUCACCUGUACACCACCAUGGUUCGCCAAAAGACGAAGGGACGGCGCCCGGCGACCCAAGAAGACCCCCGUCCGUCCCCCGGCGAACCCCUCCCGGCCGCCGACCCCCAGAGGCCCCUUCGUUGCCACCGGUGUCCAUUCAGCACCAAAUUGCUGCAUGUUUUGAGGACGCAUCUGUGGAACAACCACAGGACCAAUCGCUCUUUCACGGACCUUUUGAGGUUGUGUUUCAAACAGGGGGAUCUGCAGGCCGGGUAUCACUGCGAGGUGUGCGUUUUCUCGCACGAAAAAGCGGCAGUGAUGCACGCGCACUACCUGGAGCGCCACCCGAAACGCAACCGAAGCCUCGUGUACGUCACCGCCCACUUGUACGUGGGCCCCGACUCGCGACCUCUUAAAAGGAAGAAACCCGAAGCGAGGCUCCCAGACGACGACGACGAAGCCAAGAACUACUCGUGCCGAGCGUGCGCGUUCAAAGGCGCCUCGGUGUCCGCCGUCACGCGCCACUGCCGCGCCGUCCACCCGUGGUCCGUGAGGGCGGACGGCUCUGUGCUGGACGUCGUCGGCAAGCGAUCCGGGUCGGCAAACAGGUCGGCGGAGGACAUCUACGCAGCGGCCGAGCCGUUCGAAUCGUACCAGAAGCCCGUCGAGUUUAAGGCGAGGGCGGCUUCCAAACCGCUGGCGUGCCCCUUCUGCCCAGCGAGGUUCCGCACCCAGCACGGCCUCAUCACCCACUGCGGAAUGAUGCACACCGAAGUCGAGAAGGGGGACUUGCCCCAACGCGCGGAGGAAGCCCCGGCGGCAGCGGCGCCGGUGUCGUCGCUGUUCACCUGUCCGUACUGUCCCUACAUGAAUAUCGUCCAUCAGGGGAUUCUCAGUCACUGCCACGUGAAGCACGUCGGCCUCGAGGCCCGGGUGGACGACCAUCAGGUGGAUGAGACGCAGGUGUCCAAGUGGAUGGACUGCCUGAAGACCAGGCGCGGCGCCAGGGCGGGCAACGUGAAACUCCGGGGCUACAUGUGUGGAACCUGCCCGCAGAUCUGCGUCACCAUGGAGAAGCUGAACAUGCACUGCGAGGACGAGCACGCCGAGGCGAGCGACGGCAAACCGCAAAAAGCGGCCGGCGACCGGCCGGCGCCGCAGGCUCCCCGUUUAAGCGAGAAGCUCCACGCGGCGGUGGAUUGCAAGCACUGCCCUUACAGUUGCAGCAGCGAAAUUGCGCUCACCCGGCACGUGCGCGUUCACCACAGGGCGGGCGCCGCUUCCAAGGCGUACAAAUGCCUCCUGUGUACCAGCUGCUAUCGCAGGAAGGCGCUGCUCGGGGACCAUUACGUCACGAGACACGGGCGGGACAGCUUCCUAAAGUACUACGCGCCGCUGUACAAAAAGGCCGCGGGGAAGGAAGAAUCGAGGUCUCACAGCGGCACUCUGACCCAGAAACCAAAGGCCGGCGCGGCGACAAAAGAGCGCCAGAGUCUGUUGGUGUACAGGUGUCCGAGUUGUCCCUACGUGAACACGAGACACCACGGCACGCUCACUCACUGCCAGAUGAAGCAUCCGGACGUGGUCGCCAGGGCGGACCAGCUCCGCACCGAGGACACGCUCAGGGGCAACUUUUUCGGGUGUACGAGCGGAAGGGCCUCCAACGAGAGAGGGUACAUCUGUUCAGCGUGUCCGCUCAUUUACGGCUCGCUCAAGAAACUGAAAAUCCACCGGCAGAACGACCACGGGGCCCCUCGGGAGCAGGCAGCCAGCUGGCCGUCAGAAAACCAGACGCCCCCGCCGGCGGCGCGCAGAGGAGAACAGCGCGCCGCCGAGGCGUCCUCGCGGGACACGCCGACGUUGUACAAGUGCCACAUGUGCAGCUAUAAAGGACUGUAUCGAAGGUACCUGCUGUCUCACUACAGAAACACUCACAAGUUGGACGCAUACACGACGCGCACGCUGCUGAAGAAAUACAACAAAUGCAAGAAGGCCAGCCGCCCGCCCGCCACGGCGUCCCAGGAGGGAGAACCCGUCACGUGCACGAAGUGUCCCGGGCUGGUCUUCGACUCUCCUCAGCCGCUCGUCGCCCACUACGCUGCGUCGCAUAGCUCGGCCGACAUAGUGGACUUCACCGUGAUAUCCCAGGGAACGAGGAAGGGCAGUACGGGCCUCUACCGAUGUCUCCGCUGCAGCAAACAGAUGAAUGGAAUCAGGAAGCUCUGGUAUCACCUGGACUGCCACCGAGAAAGUGCCAGGAAGAGGGCACAGACUGCGGAGAGGAGGAGGAGGAGGAGGAAGAGGAUGCCGACCCCGAAGGCCGUCUCUGCUGAGCCCGCCGCGCAGGACGAGCCCCUCCCGUCGGAAACUGUGGACGAGGCGGUAGCGCCGCUACCGGACCCCGGCGACCCGGAGCAACCCGGGCCGGACUCGAGAGAAGGCGACCACACCUGCACGCGGUGCCGGAGGUCGUUCAUGUCGCUGAAGGGGUUGCGGUCGCACGAGCGCAGCCAUGCGGCCGUGGCGGCCCUCAAGAACCUGAACGGGGCGCCCGCCUCGCGGUUGAAUUACAACAUUAACAAGCAUGUGCUGUACAAAGCCGGCACCACCAGGCCUUACCUGUGUAGCUUCUGCACCUAUCGGACGACAGUCAUGGGCCUCUGGAGGUGCCACUUUAUGAAAGUGCACCAAGACCUCUUGGGUGUCAUGAUGGAUGCAGCCGAGAGCGAAGACGAGGAGAGCGUCCAGAGGGCCGACACGGAGCCCUCCGAUUCAUCCGAGGAGCCGACCCAUUGCCCUGAGCCUGAUGAAGAACCCGAAAUUGCUGAAAGAUCGCUGUACCUGGAGCCCCCAGAUGUGCAGCGGCAGCUGAACCACUACAGCUCGCGGUCGCAGGCCGAAUGCCCGCCUGAGACCAACGCGCCAGGAAGCGGGCUGCCCGACAGCCGCCUCCUUCACUGCGAGUUCUGCACCUUCAACACCGAACACCUGUCCAGUGUGCGACGGCACUAUCAGAACCGGCACGGGAAGAAGGUCUUGAGGUGUAAGGACUGCGACUUUUUCACCAGUUUGAGGAAAACCCUAGAAGAGCACAUGCAGGCGGGUCACUCGACAUGGCAGCUGGGACCUGCGCAUGAGCGAGACCUCCGCUGCCCCUUCUGCCUCUACCAGACCAAGAAAAAGAACAACAUGAUCGAUCACAUCGUGCUGCAUCGCGAGGAACGCGUAGUGCCCAUAGAGGUGCAACGCCCGAGGCUGUCGCGCUACCUCCAAGGCGUCGUCUUCCGCUGCCACAAGUGCACCUUCUCGUGCGGCGGCGCCGACAACCUGCGGUCGCACAUGGCGAGGCACGACGAUGUCAAGCCCUACAGGUGUCGGCUGUGCUACUUCGACUGCACCCGCCUGAGCGACCUGGAGGCGCACCUGAGCGAUAAGCAUCAGGUCGUGAGGAAUCACGAGCUCGUGGGUCAGGUGAGCCUCGAUCAGCUGCAGGCGGCCGUCGGCAGGAUGCCAGAAGAGGAGCCCUCGUCCAACUUGGAGCGGCGCAACGACGACAGCGAGGACGAGGAAACGGAGGACCGCCAGGAAGGUCCCCUCGAGGCGCGAGCCGAAGGUGCGCCGAGGGGGGAGCGUGCACCGCAGGCCGAGGAAGCAUCUCGGGAGCGAGUGUGCAGCGGGGACAUGCAAGAAAGCCCCAUCGAGGGCUACGUGUGGGAUCUUCAAUCCAAGAAGGCAAAGCCAAACGCUGCUGCAUUAUGCGUGAGACAAAAGGAGGAGGAGGAGGAGGAGGAGGAGGAGGAGGCCUCACUAACACACGGGCAGACGCCCGGGGGUCUCGGCAUCUGCAGGACAGGGGUUCAGCCCGGAGCAGUUAAGGAUGACCAGACUGAGGCCGAGCUGGCAUCCCCCGGUGAAAGAGGUGUCAAGGCGGAGGCCGUUUCCGCCCUUGCUGCUUCGAAUCUGACGCAGGCGGACAGCGGCGGGCCUCGGGGGGGCCUCGGCGCUGCGGGUGCUUUGCUAACUUUGCCGCCCAGGUGUGCGCAAGCUAAAACGAGCGAUCCCGAAAGCUCGAGGGUGUCAUUUAAAAACUGCAAAAAGGAACAGGAGCAGCAUCAGAAGAACAUUUCCGGGGGAGGGGGAGAGCCGUACGGGGAUAUGCCGGUGCUCGAGAAGGAGUAUCUCAAAGUAGAAUUGCAGCCUCUCGGGUGCUGCAAGACGGAGGAUGAGAGUGGUCGCCUUGAGCCAAAGCAAGAGAAAAAGGAGGAGGAGGAAUUCUCAAACGACAAAGAGAACCGAUGCACCGAACCGAAACACGAGGGUGAGGGCGUGAAGAAGAGCGGUUCUCCACUCGUGACCAGAGGUGACGGCAGGCGCUUCACUUGCGAGUUCUGUGGGCGACACCUCGCCAGCGCCGCUGACCUGGAGCAGCACGCCGCGCGACACGGAUUGUGACGCUGUCCGUGGCGUGGUGGACGCCGGCGGCGGCUUUCACUAUUUAUUUCCGUGUGUGUGAAGCUGUGGUGUAUGACUACAUGAUCCAUCCUCGAUUCUCUUGCUCAUGAAUGUAAACCUGUGUGAUGUAGUUCCAAAUAUGUCUUUCAUGUUUUGUAGAGUUUAUACUUUUUUCUAAUAACAUGUUUUUUGAACUGCUCUUGUUAGUACGGUAUAGUUUCAGUAACUAAAACCAAGACUUUGACUCUACAUAGUCUGACAUGUGCACAUUAACAUCUUUAGAUUUUUUUUGUUUUAACGACGUUGAUAAAUAUGCACAAAGAACUACCAGCGCCUGCAGGGAAUCAAUUUAUUUUCUAUUCCUUCAGUUUAUCUGGAGAUAUCAAUAAAUACUAAAUGGUAAAAUCUUGAUCCUAAGAACAAUUGGUCUAGUGAACUGUUAACCAGACCGACCUCAAAACCACCGAUUGUGGAAACGCUCGUGCUGCCUUCAGGUGCUGUUUGGUACUUUGGUUCAUUGGCAUGCGUUACUUGAGGCAUUUUACCAGUGCAAAAAUAACAGUGUUUUGUU